AGAGAGAAACUCUGCUUUUUUUUUGUCUCACUUUUCUUCUUCGUUUGGUGCGUUUGCUCGCUUCCCAAUCACAGUCAACCACUCUGCGUACGAAUCCGAUCACGGGAGAGAAUAAUCAAAGCCGCUUCGCUUCUCUCGAUUCGUUCGUUUCCUUGCUCGCGGAGCGUCGCUCUCCGGGAAGAUCUAGACUCCAGGGAGAACCCUGGGUUUUGGUGGGCGGUAAUCGGACAUGGAGAGGAAAGUGGUGGCCGUCUGUGUCGCCGUUGGCCUCCUAGGUUUCCUCUCCGCCGCGCUCGCCUUCGCCGCCGAAGCCACGAGGAUUAAGGCUUCCGAUGUAGAACAAACUAGACAAUUUAGAUGCACAUAUCCUAAAAGCCCAGCCUUGGCGCUAGGGCUACUAUCAGCAUUUGCUCUUAUAGUGGCUCAGGUGAUAAUCAACACCGUAGCUGGAUGUAUCUGCUGCACAAAACAUCCUCGUCCAUCGGGCAACAACUGGAUGGUAGCAUUGAUAUGCUUUAUUACUUCUUGGGUUUCUUUUGUACUAGCUUUCCUUCUGCUGCUGACUGGUGUUGCCUUAAACGAUCGAAGGACUCUAGAAAGGAGGUAUUUUGAUAACGAUGAAUGCUACGUUGUUAAGCCUGGAGUAUUCGCAGGAGGGGCAGUGUCAUCGUUCACAAGUGUCGCCCUAGCUAUAGUUUACUAUGUCGCUCUCUCAUCAAAGAAUGCACAAACCGGGAGCUCUCGGCAGAACCAGGGCAUUGUGAUGGGGUAUCCACAGGUUGCACCCACCCAGGCAACUCCUGUUUUUGUGCAUGAGGAUACCUACAACAGGCAGCAAUUUCCCUGAGAACACUAAAUCUGCUAUCAAUCAUGGAUUAUACACUCAUCGUCGGCGGUCAGUCGGUCGAUACGCCAUUCGAUUAAGCUUAGUCUUUGGCCAAAAUUAAAUACUUACAACUAGCUUGUUGUAUUUCACCAUAUUUGGUAGUGUUACUAUGUUAUAUAUUCAAUUAUGCUUGGUCUGUAUCUAUAUUGGUUAA